ACAUCCCGUGCCACUUACCCGGCACAGUUUGUCGAUUGCCUUUUCGUCUCUUUACAUCUUCACAUACCACAUCGCAGCUUCCUCGAUUAGUUAUCUUUGCCGCGUAAUUCUCAGGUGAGCAGAUAAGUUCUUCAUUUAAAUUUAAAUUUUCAUGGAUUGACACAUUCCUCCCUUAUCCCCUACAGGUUUAGUUCGUCCAUUACUUACACGGCCGAGAGCUUAGGGUCGCAGAUUGUCAGGCCUGACUCAUUUACACGACAUACACGACAUUGAAGUUCCAGCUAAUCGAUAUCGUAGCCUAGAUCACAUAGAUAGAUGCAGACCAAAAGCAAUAACAGCGUGGCGUUCCGACGUAUAUGUCACCCAGCAACACUCCACGGACCUUUUGAUAUAAUCGCCAGUCUUGGUCAAAUUGGAGGUGGGGAUACGACCUAUGGUCAAUUCCAAUACGACACUACCAUCGGCUUUACGGACCCUACCCGUGGCGAAGAAAUCAACAUCAUGAUCAAGGCAAACUGCUAUGGCUCGGCUCCAACUGCACUCCAAGCGGACAAGGUUUAUGUCCUUCACGGUAGAUUGGUUGCUCGCAACGAAGAUGCGCCACCAAUUCUCUUCUGCGAGCAAGAUGUCACCCUCAACAUUGGUGAUAGCUCCACUUACAUGUCCGCGUUAGCCAACAAGGUGGUGAUCGAAGGGUUCGGUAUAGUUGUCAAACGCGAAGAAGUACCUGGCUUCGGGGUUGGCAACGUUGCUCAAACCAACCUCCAUGUUGUACUUCGUCACACUGAUUACGAUAACAUGUCUCGCUCCAAAGUCGAAUUCGAAAUUCUGUACAUUGUACCUGGCAACAAAAUACUCGGUAAGACUUUUGGAUUAUUUCGCCUUGGUCGCGAAACCGCCAUCUCCGGUUAUAUCAGUGGCUAUAUUCCCAAAGAUAAGAUGUGGGAAGUUAAAGUGACUGCAGUCGCUCCAACUUCUGGCGAUCAAGCAGCGACAGUGGUGGUGCCUCAACGCGGUGCUCGCUCAGGAAACACCCACCGUAGACCCGGAUUGAUACAGCUUGGCACCGAACAAAACAAUCCGACUCCAACUGAACAACCCGCCAACAAUGGUAGCCUUGCCGAUGCGGCUAACGUCAGCAACUACCAAUCUCCUGCCGGUGCUGGACCUUCGGGCAGUGGGACUCUUCCGGUCAUACCCGAGUAUGAAGAUGGCGAAGUUACUGAAGCUGCCCCUGAACCUCAAUUUGUGAAUACUUUUCAAAAGAGGCAAACUUCAAAGGGGAUGAUCGCCGACGCAAAGAAGCGCAUGAAAGGUUUGUAAGUCAACCAACAAAGACUGCCGACAUCGAAAAGUCCAUCAUGAAGAGUUUUUAAAAAUAAAAAUAGUUCAGAUCGACACAUUAGCAAUGCCUUGAAAACAGCACGUGAUUCAUCAUCAUUUUCAAUAUCUUUAUUACAGAAAUUUGCAGAUUUGCAGAUAAUAUAUGAAACAGAACAUCGCUUCCUUUUUUUUGUAACUAAGCAAUAGUACUGAAAGAAAUUCAUCGAAUAUUC